GACGUUUCGACAUGGCUUCCCCUUCCAACCUACGGCUAUGGCGUACGAUCCAGUACAGAGGCUGUUGGCCAUCGGUUCCAAAUGCGGUUCACUUCGAAUAUUGGGUCAACCGGGUGUCGAUGUCCAUGUCCGACACGACAUGGAUGGUCCGCCGGGCUCCGCUGCCGUCCUCCACCUCCAAUUCCUCGUCAACGAGGGAGCGCUUAUAUCGGCCACCGCUGACGACACCCUUCACCUUUGGAAUUACCGACAGAGAAUCCCCCAGAUCGUGCAGAGUCUCAAAUUCCAAAAAGAAAGAAUUACGUAUAUGCAUCUUCCGUUACAAUCAAAAUGGCUGUACGUCGGCACAGAACGAGGAAACGUGCAUGUAGUCCAAAUAGAAAACUUUCACCUAUCUGGUUAUAUAAUUAAUUGGAAUAAAGCCAUAGAAGUGUCUCGAAAAACACACCCAGGGAUGAUAGUACAUUUAAGUGAUAAUCCAUUAGAUGCUAGUAAAUUAUUAAUAGGAUUCGAAUCGGGUCAAGUAGUGUUAUGGGACCUGAGGAGUAGAAUGGUGGACAUGAGGUGGCUGACUAGUGAAUUAAGGUCGGUCACGUGGCACCACGAAGGAAAACAAUUUAUGUGUUCACAUACGGAUGGUACUUUAACUACCUGGAGUUUAAAAUCGCCAUCUAAGUACAUCCAUAUAUCCCAACCUCAUGCAAAAUUUACUAAAGAUGGUAAACCGGAACAGUGUAAACCUAUAACGAAAGUUGAAUGGAAAACGUCUAGGACAGGGGAAGCAUAUGUGAUAUUUUCUGGUGGAAUGCCUUAUGACCAAGCUAGCAGAACUCCUUGUAUAACAGUCGUAUUUAGUAAAACAACUACCGUUCUGGAAAUGGAACAUAACGUUAUAGAUUUCAUAACGCUUUGUGAAUCACCUUAUACCAGUGAACUACAAGAACCGUACGCCAUCAUAGCCCUGCUCCAAAACGACUUAGUGAUAAUGGACCUCCAAACUCCCGGAUUCCCUUGUUUGGAGAAUCCCUACCCGAUGGACAUUCACGAAUCUCCCGUGACGUGUUGUAGUUAUUUAGCAGAUUGUCCUGCCGAUCUUAUACCGGCCUUUUAUUCAGUAGGUAGAGCGUCCGCCAUGAAAAGAAGCGGUUUCUCCGAAAUGGACUGGCCCGUAAACGGCGGCACGUGGCCGGCGCAUGCGUGUACAUACGCUGAAAUUAUUAUGACCGGACAUGCAGACGGAAGUAUAAAAUUUUGGGAUGCCAGUGCUGGAACGCUACAAGUCCUAUACAAAUUGAAAACUGCCAAGGUAUUCGAAAAGCCAAAAUCCAGAUCGUUGGAAUCCGAUGAUGACCCGUUCGCCAUCGAAAUUAUAUCCUUGUGUCCCGAAUCGAGAAAACUUUGUGUGGCCGGUGCUUCUAGUCACGUGAUUCUGUUUACUUAUAAGAAAAUAGACAGUGUAGACGAAGUGACCGUUCUGGAAAUACCUAUAACGUAUGAAGUUCCUGAAGAAGGUGAAAUAUCGCCGGACUGUCAAUUUUCGGGACCGGGUAGCGCUGGAUCCGGUAGUAAAUUGGAUAUGUUGGAUUUUGACAAUAAAAAGGAUUCCGUAACAUUAAAAGUAAAAACUGGUGUUCAAAAGAAACUCCCUGGUUUUCAAGCUCAGUUAGUUUGUUUAACUCCAUGGAAUAAUGGAGAACCACCUAGUCAUAUUACUGCAUUAACAAUUAAUAGUUCAUAUGGACUAUUGGCGUAUGGUAAUGAAGCCGGCAUUGUGAUAAUAGAUAUAGAGCAAAGAGUAUGUCUUCUUAACGUCGGUAGUCCCGAUUUGUACGGGGCUCAGGAUCCUUAUUCCAGAGUACCAAGAAGUCCGAAAAAAAAUCAACAAACGGUAGCCGAAACGCUGCCCAUAUACACAGAUAGGGAAGAUAGGCAACCUCGCAGUCCCAGUAUAGACCAGAUGGGAAGAUCCCCAGAAAAUCCAUUUCCUUUUGCCCCUUGCCCCACGCCCAUUGAACAAGCCUGCGAAGCCUUGGAGGAAGAAAAAGCUUUGCCCAUACCUCAAAACCGAAGGAAAUCUUCAACGUGGAAAGGUUUUAAUUUAAAGCGACAAUUAUCUAGAGUAGAUAUCAAAAUCAAAAAUUCCCUCAAAGAUAAAAGGGGGAGCGUAUUUUAUAAUGAUGCUACCUCAGGGCUAGAAUGUCCGGAAUACUUAGAAGAGACUGAAAACACUUCGCCCGAAUCCGAUGAAAACACAGUUAUAGACAAUCAAAGCGUUAUAGAUUUAACAGUUAUCAAACAAGAGGACCAAAGUACCACACCAACAGAUGACAACGAUCUAAUAGAAUAUUCUCCAGAAGAAGAACCUGAAUUUCCUUUCAUGGUAGGCUCUCUAGGUACCACCACCGAAUACCAAAGAAGAAAAGUCGGUUCUAUUUCAAGACCUGAUAAUCUAGAACUAGGUGCUGACGAUGGAUCACCUGUAAGACCUCCGAGACACAAGAAGAAGCAGCAGCAGCAACAAGAUAAGCGGGACCAAAGAUUGCUAUCCGUGCCUAAUAUAAAAUUUCAAAGAGCCGACUGCCAAAAUUACAAGGAUUUAAGGGAUAAAGACGAUAUAAACGCUGUGAGUCCCCAAACGGCUACUUUCACUGGAAAUCUAAGGCGACGUUUCAGAUGUACAAGCAUGUCAAAAACAUUCAAUGAUUUUACAUGUGGUUGUGUAUCAGACAAGCUGGACAGCUCGUUCUCGAGAUCUAGAUCAUCGUCGAUGAGCUCUUUGGAAAAUAUCACCUCAGAAUCAAUCCAGUGCCUGGCGUUCGUCGAUUCCUACAUGAAAAAGUCAGAACAAUCAUUGACUCCGACGUUAUGGGUAGGAACCAGUCUAGGAUCCGUUAUUACCAUCUACAUAACACCGCCAGAUGCUGACAGUCGUUCAUCGCAACCAGUGGUCGUUUCUUUAGUCGGUGCCACCAUCUUCAGAUUGAAGGGUUCCAUUUUAACGAUGUCCUUUUUGGAUUGUAACGGGUCCUUGAUACCUUAUUCGUUCGAAUCGUGGAGGGACGAACAUCGGGAGAAGAGGGACAGAACUCCAACCAGAAACAACAUGCGGAUGAGUCCGACUUUAGGAGGUGGAGCAGAAGGAAUGAGCAGAAGUGACAACCUUUUGGAUAGACAGUUCGUUGUUAUGGCUAGCGAAAAGCAAGCCAGAGUUGUUGCUUUACCAUCGCAAACGUGCGUCUAUCGUCAACAGUUAGCCGAUGCCGAUUUUGUAGUGAAAGCUGAGGUCAUUUCUAUGAGAGAUAGCGUAUGUUUAGCCUGUUAUGUGUCAAACGGACACUUAACGACAUAUAGCUUGCCUAGUCUAAGGCCACUCUUAGACAUCGAUUUCCUUCCCCUCUCGGAACUUAGGAUUGCUAAGACGUUCAACUUCAGCAAUAGAGGACACGGAUUGUAUUUGGCUUCGCCAUCGGAGCUGCAGAAGUUUACUUUGUGCGCAGAAUUUUGCUCAAACCUCACAGAAAUGAUUGGCGAACUUUUCUUACCAAUGGAAAUGCCCGAAGCGCCGAAAGAAGGAUUUUUCAAAGGACUUUUCGGCGGAGGUAUUAGAUCUCUAGAUCGAGAAGAGUUAUUUGGCGAAUCGAGCGGAAAACCCAGCAAAGCGGUAGCCAAGCACAUUCCGGGCAGUCUCGUCGACCUCAACCAGCGCUCCAGUUCGGCGUGCAGCGAGGUCAACAGAGCGCACAAGCUCAUGCUGGAGCGCGGCGAAAAGCUGGGCCAGCUCGAGGACAAGGCCGAAAAGAUGCGUAACGAGGCCGAAAACUUUUCGUCGUCGGCGCACGAACUAAUGCUCAAAUACAAGGAAAAAAAAUGGUACCAGUUGUGAAGUGCUUCAUUAUUUUUCUGUAGUUUUUACAUUCCAAUGAAGAGCGUUACGUUAUUAUAUAUAUAUUGGUAAAAACAAAACUGUACAGAUUUUCGUACUAGGUAUGUAGUGUUGCUAGUUUAUAGGUGAAUGAGUAAGUGGCAGAAAACGUUACCUAACUACGGGCAAACUUUACUUUUAUCAAAAUAUUGGCUUUAUUUUUCUAUAAAUUUUGACUUUUUUAAGAAUUUACUUUUUCAAAAAUUUUACUUUUUCGUUUCUCGAAACAUUUAUAUUUUCUUUAAACAUUGACUUUAUUUUUCUCAAAAUUUUAAAGUUUUUUAUCAAAGAUUUGACUUUAUUUCUUAAAAUUUUGACUUUAUUAAAAAAAAUUGUCCUUUUGGCCCCAAUACAAAACGAUUUGCCACUUAUUCAUUCUUAUACUUCUUGAACUUAAAUGCAAAUUGUGAUAUUCUAUUUCUGCCCGUAUAAGGACGGAUUGCGAUGACUUUAAAACUAAACUGUAGAUGAUUUAAUGUCUAAAAAAAAAAAACACAUGGUUUUCUACCCUUAAAAAAACGUUCCGUAAGUAAAUGUAUUUUAAAGAGCUUGGUGUAUAAAUACUUAAAAUUUGCAAAUUUGACUUUAUUUUUCAUUAAAUACUGAUUUUUUUCAUAUUGACUUCUAAAAAUUGUGUCUUCGUGUUUUAAAAUGUGGACUCUAGAUUUCUCAAAACAUUGAC